AUGAUCGUCCUCCUCUGCUUCUCGUUGGUGCCUCAGCCAGCAGGCCUCCGCCGCUGGUCCGCCGCCGCGAGGCGGCUCGCACAGCUCACCCGCUUACGGCCGCCGGAGGACGAGUGCGUGAUCGAUCCGCCGUGCGCCCCGUCCGGCGACAUCAUCUUUCUGCGCCACGGCGAGAGCGAGUGGAACGCGGCCAACCGCUUCACGGGCUGGGUGGACGUGCCGCUGACGCAAAGGGGCGAGGCGGAGGCGCUCGACGCCGCGGCGCAGCUGGCUGCUGCCGGCGUCUGUGUGGACGUGUGCUACACCUCGACGCUCAAGCGGACCAUCAAGACCGCGUGGCUCGUGCUCGAGGCUCUCGACUCCUUCAACACGCCGGUCGAGCGGCGGUGGCGGCUCAACGAGCGCAUGUACGGGGCGCUGACUGGGCUGAAUAAGGACGAGACGAGGCGGUUCCUCGGCGAGAGCGGCUUCGAGGAGCUGAGGCGCGUGCCCCCGCCGCUCGAGCGGGGCUCGUGCUACGACCCGGCGCGAAGCAAGGGCGGGGAGGCGGCGGCGGCGGCGGAGGUGCCCAGGGCGGAGUCGUUCGAGGACACCACCGCGCGCGUCCUGCCGUGCUGGCGGGACGAGAUCCUGCCCGCCGCGCAGGCGGGCAAGACCGUCCUCGUCGUCUCGAGCAAGAACGCGCUUCGCUCCCUCAUCGCAGGCAUCAGCGGCCUGCCGCUCGAGGACGCGGUGCACCUCGACGUCCCGAACGGUGCGCCCCUGAUCUUCCGGCCGGAGGACCGCUCCCUCACCCUCCUCGGCUCGGGCGAGCCCCUCGCUUCGGAGGUCGUCCCUGCCCCUCUGGCGGUUGACGAGGGCGGCGGCGGCGGGGGAACGGCGAGCAGGAGACGGGGGUAGAGCAACGCACGUGGCCCCGGCCUCGGACACGAUAUGCCGUCGUGCGUCGAGUGCGUCGAGAUAUGUGUACACUUUCCCGCCACUUCUUACCCCCGUGUGCGCCGCGCUCGGACCCGCGUGAGCCGUGUUGAGUCGUGUCAGUCGACGCAGUUCGUAUCGUGGAUCGUGCGCGGUGCGCGCGGGCGCUCGCUCGGACUCGGUCGGUUUCUCUUCGUCUUGUGACGUGUAAGUACUCGUGUGAGAAGAGCUGAAGAGGGUCUUUUGACUCUCUACAACUCUAGUCUCUUCCUCUCUUGUCACUUAUGUGUAGCGUUU